AUGAAAGACCUCCCCCGCAAAAAGAGCAAGGAGUCUCUCUUCGCUUGCUUUCCAGAGUUUUCCUCAGACGAUGAACAAGACGUUUCCCAGGAAAUCCUCAACUUUUGCAAUCAAAACAGCGACGUUAUGUCCAAUCUCUCAAUAAAGAAAAACCGGGGGAUCGCCAGGACACAAAUGGAAGAAUUCCGCUCCCAGGUCGUCGAAGUUUUGUACCAGAUUGCUAUGAUUAUGCGAAAGAACCGAGACAGGAGGAAACAAAAGCCGAAAGAUGAGGAGCCUGCUCCGGCUGCAGGUUCAGCUGCCCCAGUCCCUCUUCUCCCUUCUCAUCCUUCUUUACCUGCAGCAGCUGGUGCAGGUCUGGCGGCUUCGGGCCUGACUCAGUAUACUUCUAUGUUUCCUGCUGCAGCCGCUACAAACCCGUCAACAGUUACAUUCCCUGCUCGUCUUACAACCAGCGGCACCAUCCAGCAACCAGCACCCCAACUCAACCCUUCCAACUAUUUUGCCGACUAUCCCGUCUGGAUCUACCGGGGCGAAAUGGUCAUAAAGUCGUUCCCACUGCGCUCAUUCCUGGGAGAAGGCGCAACCCGAAGCCCCUGGACAACAGAGCUCGGUAUUCCACAACUGCGCCGAACGGACCUGUCCUUCGCGCGGUGUCUCGAUAUCCUGAGGGCGCAGUGUGGUUUUCAUCCAACAACCGAGGUGCUGAAAGGACUGAUUGGGGUUGUCACCUUCACGAUGGAGCGCGUCGAGCUUGAGGAUGAGAGCCGCUGGCUGCAGGCUUUGAACGAUGGGUUUAACGGUGGUAUGUAUCCUUUGUAUAUUGAGGGGAGGCAGUGA